AUGGAACACGAACUGCGGCAUUGGUUGCGCUUGUGCACAUUCUUCGGUAUUUACCGAGGACCACUCAAGCAAGAGUUCAUUGUGACACGCACCACACUUACGCUACCAAAAAACUCAAGCAGCUGCCGACGAAGCGCCACACGACACCUACUUCCGCCACAGCAUUGCUACAUCUGCCUCAUAGCGCUAACACUCGGCGCGCUCUAUGUGCACGGCCUACACUACUGCGGCAGCCUGCCAACGCUACUGCUCACUUGGGUGGCCAGCGUCGUACUCUUCAGCCUGCAAGUGCUCACCAAUCUGCUGAUACUCAUGGAAACCGUGUGUCGACGCACACAACACGCCGCCUUUCUGCAGCUGCUCGAGCAGAUCGAAGACGCGUUCAAGCUCCGUUUGCGACUAAAUGUACAUAAGAACGCACUGCUUCGUGAUUUGCGCUGGCUAAGCGGUUGUUUUGUGGUGUGUUCACUCGUCUUCUGGCUGCUCUUCGUCAUCAGCACGCAUUGGUUGAACUAUAUCGGCUUCUUCUGGUAUGGACUCUGGUCCAUACUAACAAUGCGUGUACGUAUCAUACAGUUGUUGUUGUAUGUGCGCAUAUUACAACACUACCUCGAGUGCCUCCAUGCGAAGUUGCGUCAAAUAGUUGCCUACCAGUUGGCGCCACAGGAGCAAUUGCUGGACAUUGACUAUGUGAAGCUGACAUCGGUGGAGGCACUGUUGGCCAUCAAGGACAUUUAUACGCUCAUUUAUGGCGCAUUCCAUUUGCUAAACUCCUUCGCCGGCUGGUCACUAUUUGGCAUUGUCAGCUGUUAUAUCUUUGAUGUGAGCUGCAAUAUCUACUGGACGCUCCUAAGUCUCGAUGGCUGGUCGAAUAGACGCUACUACUAUAUGGCGGGACCUUUAGCGUUACUACCGUUGCUGGCGAUCGUUUGUUAUUUGUGCUAUAUUUGUGGUAAAUGCAAGGAAUUGGCGCGUCGCAUCGCUUUCUUGCUAAACCAACUGAAGGUAAUGCGUUCCAAGCAGUCUUUGGCGUUAUAUCGCCAGAUCGUACAACAAAUUUCUGCACAAAUACAACUGCAACAAAUCGAAGUAACGGCACAGCAUUUCUUCGUCCUAGAACUGCGUCUACUGGUGACUAUUUUCUCAGUGACAUCGACAAAUUUUGUUAUACUGGUGCAAUUUCUUUGCCUGGAGAUUGAGCUGGAGGCCCUAUCUUGA